AUGUUCUCCAUGCUGGGUCGUGGAGGAACACACACGGGAUCUUGGGAUCUUGAAAACCACAGAUCGCGUAGCUUCGUUUAUAGAAAGUAUAAAGAGUAUCUCCCAUCGGAGAUGGAGGAUAUGUCUAGGUGUAGCAGGAGCGAACACUUGGUGGAGGCACCCACAGGUCAAACUUUUAUGGUCAAGUGGUACACAGAUAUCUUCUGGAAUGGCCCUGAUAAUGGGGUGCGGCGUUGGAAGCGUUUCAUGGUGUUCGAGGUGGCAGGUGGAGACGCAAUAGCUUCUAACGACAUUGAAGAACUCUGUAUUUUUCUCUCAAUCAAAGGAGAACCUUUCUGUGUAGAGGCUAGCUUGUAUGGGCUAACCCCAAACUGCAUCUACUACGUGGGAGACUUUGACUACGGAAAAGUCAAUAUAGGCAAUAAUGAACGGGUUGGUGGAUAUGGCUUUUCCCCUGCCCCUUACUUCAUUCCACCUCAAUCCUCUUAA